GCGACUCUAAACACUUCCGCAUUUGUGUUUACAUGGUACUCGGCUAAGCUACAGUGUAAAAAAAGUGAAGAUGACGGAUCAGAAAGCAGAAAAUAUCAGCUCGAUCCCUAUCGAUGGAUUCAGCAAUUUAAGAAUAACUUCGAUAUGGACGUUUCUUAUGUCUGUGCAAUGGUCAGAGUCUUGGCUUAUCGGGCUGUUGGCGUUUCAUGUUGUGUGUUUGUUCCUGACUGUGGUCACCUGUAGGUACUACAGAGCUCAAAUCUGCCACUUCCUGCUCAUAGUCGCCCUGGUUUAUAGUGCUGAAUAUCUAAAUGAACUGGCAGCCAUGAACUGGAGGUACUUUUCUCGAUUCCAGUACUUCGACUCCAGGGGCAUGUUCAUAUCGUUGGUCUUCUCAAUCCCUCUUCUCCUCAACGCAGUCAUCAUCGUGAUGGUGUGGGUGUACAGGACCUUUUCCACGAUGACUGAACUAAAGACACUACAGCUGAAGAGAAAGGCUCGCAGAGAGAAGAGAGUGAAGAGUGACUGAGCCUCCUCCUUAUCUCCAUAAAUGGGCUUCAUUUGGAGGAAUUCAGAAUAUCUCCCUUGCUAAUCCUGAGUUUUUGGAAAAGGGGGGAAAAGGGGGGUUGUUGGUUGAUGUUGGUGAAUGUCAGAAAUGAAAGUCUCUUCUUGCUGGUAAUAAUAUCAGUUGCAAGAUGUUUCCGCCGUACUGUACACUGUGGGAUUUAUGAGGACCAAAGGAUGUUUACUGUUUUGUAUAUAAUGAUGUUAAGUGUUAAACUCACUAAAGAAUGAUGAAGUGUUUUUAAAUCAA